CUCCCACCAAAGAAGUAGCCGUUUUUUCUUUUUCAGAGACACCACGAAUAUUGUUAGACUCGUCGUGCUGAAUACAUUUUACAUUGGAACUGGGUAUCCUGUCUUUGUUUCGUUUGACGCGUCUCGAGGUUAUUUAGGCGCUCAGGUAGCUUCUGAAACACGUUUUCAUGCCUUUAUAAUCCAGCAAGCGCCUCAGCUAUCAUGCAAUCAUCACCCUCUGACAUGCCCUGCAAGCGCGUGUAUCGUAGCGAUCUUUUCAGUCCCCACCAGCUCUCUUCGAGCGAACUGCUGGAAUUCGCGUUGGAGGAACUGAAAAGUUAUCUCACUGAGGCCAAUUUCAAAUAUGUCCUCCAAGAGCUUAUCGAUAAUGAAUGCUCUCACAUUCUUCUUUUGGUCUUGUCAUCCUUCAGUGAUACCACAUCCUUGAUUCUGUGGAUGCGGGAGUCAUUCCCCUCCGAACCCAUGAACUACGAUGCUACUAUUCAUUACAAGAUUAUAUCUUGUCUAUCCACAGAGUUCAUGUUCUCGAGCUCCCGUUCUGUGGAAGACAAGGAAUUGUGCGCCAGAUACCAUGAAAUAUCUCAGAUCACGCCCAGAGUUUUGAAAUAUCUCGUCUCUUUCCCCCAGCCCAUCAGUACCGGAUCAGAGCCUCUUAACAAGAGGGGCAAGGUCAGUCAGAAGAAACGCAAACAGGCCAAACGAGCAGAGAACGCUGCUGCUUUUGUCGAGAAGGAUUUCGAUAUCUUGGAUGUCGACAUGCCUGAAACGUUGAGCGACGCCUCCAUCCUCGCGGACAGCAUUCUACAAACUCAGAAGGAUGCUCUUGAGUUCUAUCUGGAGGAGCUCCGUCGCCCUGAGAUAUCUCGAUCUUUCAAGGAACGCUCCAUCGUUGCCCCACCUUCCGUGGAAGAAGCAAAGAACGUACCAUUAUCCGUGGCAACAAUACAGGAGGAUUCGGCAAGGGUCGAGCUGCCUUCUGCAUAUCCGAUCGUUCAGCCAAUGAAGUCGGCAUUAUAUUUUGAUAGUGCCGAGGGAUUUGGUGAAUGGACGAUCAUCAUAUCCACGAACGCCGAUGAUUUUUUGCGGAGCACCCACAGAAAGGAUGUCUCUACAUUCAAAAUUAUUGUGAAGAAGAUCAAGGAGCUCUCACGUGGACACUUUUCCAAUGACAAUCAAAAACGUCUCAGUGGAAGUGGGACUGAAGUUCCAGUAUUUGAAGCUAAGAUGACUCGCGAUCUCAGGCUUAUUUAUCAAAUUGACGUAAUCCCAUGUGAUGAGAGUAGAGAGCAACAGGCUGUCAAAAUUUUUGGCAUCCAUACCCAUGCUCAAAUCGACAAUCGUCUCUGGAGCUCUAUCAGCAGUCAACUCCGCAAGAAAGGAAGGGAAUAUCGAAAGAGAUGUGCGGUUAGGAAGCGCGCAGAUCAGGCCUCGAAGGAUACUUUCAUUCCAGCAUUCUUCCCUCCGCUGCCUGAAGUUUUACCAUCGGAGAUCGAAGGCAUACCGGAUCUACGUCCUGAUGAAACAGCCCAGGUUCAUUCAAGACUCGUGGUUGAGAAAUAUGUCACAUUCUCGCAGCCGUUUUUAAAUACCAUUUUAGCAGAUGUAGAUGCCACUUUUCCUCAUAUGGUUUCUACCCAAGAGAAAUGUAUUAUAGAACACCCGCAGUCCUGCUACGUUAUAGGUCGCAGCGGCACAGGAAAAACCACUACGAUGUUAUUCAAGAUGUUGCUUAUCGAGCGGACAUUUCAACUCAUGGAGUCGGAUUUACCUCGACCUCGUCAAGUUUUUGUAACCAAGUCCAGAAUGCUCGCGAAGAAAGUGCAGGAGUAUUUUUCGAAGCUAGCCAGUUCCUUAGCAAUGGCAUCACAGACGUUUGCCGAGCUUAUGCGCCUGCCAAAAGCAGCCCAAUACCAAGAUGAUUUAGGAUUAGUUGAUGUUGAUGAUAUCAUAGAUUGGCGAAGCGAUCUGCCUGCCAAGUUCAGCGAACUCGAGGAGAAGCAUUUCCCGCUGUUUAUAACGUUUGAUGGUCUUUGCGACAUGUUGGAAGCUGAUAUGAGCACCAAAAUGCUGACCCCCAUGAGUCCUAUUGACAGGAAACGCGCCAAGUCUCAUAUGGGUGUCAUUACUUUUGAAUCCUUUUUUGAGUCUUACUGGUCGCAUUUUCCUGAGCACUUGAUCAAAGGAUUAGACCCUGCCUUGGUAUACAGCGAGAUUAUAGGUGUCAUCAAAGGCUCAGAAGAGACAUUGAGCGAAGCGAAGCGACAUCUCAGUAAGACCGCUUACCUUGAUCUCAGCAAACGACAACAAUCUACAUUUGCUGAUCGGAGAGACGAGGUAUAUGAAAUCUUUGAGUCCUACAUGCACAAGAAGAAGUUACGGGGAGAAUAUGAUACGGGGGAUCGAACCCAUAGUAUCUUAAAAUAUUUUGCAGAACAAGAUAUUCCGGGACAAGGGAUCGACCACUUAUACGUCGACGAAGUACAAGACAACAUGCUCAUUGACACGAUGGUCUUAAGGGCGCUAUGUAGCAAUGCGGACGGUCUCUUCUGGGCAGGUGAUACUGCCCAGACCAUCUCCAUUGGAAGCUCUUUCCGUUUCAAUGGUUUAAAGGCAUUUCAGUGGAAUAUCGAGGACCAGUACAGGAAGAAGCGCGGACCCGGAGCUGCAUGUAAACAACCGCCUGAAAUGUUUCAACUGGCCGUCAACUAUAGGUCCCAUGCAGGAAUCGUUGAUUGCGCACAUUCCGUCAUAGACCUUAUCACAACUUUUUGGGAAGAUUCCAUUGAUCGUCUUUCUCCCGAAAUGGGUAUUGUCGAUGGCUUCAAGCCUGUCUUUUUCAACACUGAAGAUCGUGCACAAUUGGAACAUUUCAUCUUUGGAAAUGUCAGUGAUCACAUCGAGUUUGGUGCACAGCAAUGUAUCAUUGUUAGGAAUGAAGCAGCAAGAGAGAGACUCCAGAAACAAGUCGGUGAAGUUGGUCUUGUACUAACUAUAUACGAAAGCAAAGGACUUGAAUUCAAUGACGUCCUUCUUUAUGACUUCUUUGCUGAUUCCGUUGCCGGUCCUGCACAGUGGCGAGUUGUGCUUAAUGCCAUUGAAGAGAGCAACCAGGAUCCUAGGAAUCCGCCUCCGCUAUUCGACAGGGUUCGUCAUGCCAGCAUUUGUAAUGAGUUAAAAUCCCUGUACGUUGCGAUCACCAGGGCCCGUGAAAACAUCUGGAUUGCAGAUGGUUCUGAAACGGGAGAACCCAUGAGAAUAUUUUGGACAAGCAAAGAUUUGAUCCAAAACUACACUCCAGGAUCUGAUGCACCUCGGCUUGCGUCUUCAUCGACACCAGAAGAAUGGGCUUCGAAGGGCCGUGAGCUUUUCUACCGGAAGCAAUUCUCCCACGCCAAGCACUGCUAUAUCAGGGCAGACCUUCCUAUUCUGGCAUCCAUUGCAGGUGCCUAUGACUUGCGGGCGAAGGCUCGUAAAGUCAUUGGUACGUCGAGACCAAAAGUGCUUGAACGGCGUUCUUGUUUCGCAGAAGCUGCUAUAUCAUUCUCUGAAUGUGCUACUGUCACGUCGAACCCAAAAGAUUCCUUGACAUACUUCAGGAUCAGUGGUGAAUGCUUCGAACAAGCUGGUCAGAAGUAUCAAGCUGCCCAAACGUUUUUCCAGGCUCAGAAGUACACUCAUGCUGCAGAGUUGUAUAGAGAUCUUGGUAAAUUUGAUGAGGCAGUGGCGAUUGUGAAGGAUCACGAAGACAAAAUGUCAUCAAUGGUUGUCGAAAAUGUCAUCAAACUCGCCAGACUGACAUACUUCUCUAACCGUCAAAUGAAAAAGGCCCACCAGCUAUUUGACUCUCUCGAAGAAGAAUUGGAGUAUCUAGAAGAAAGAGAUCUUGAUAUUGCUCUUGCAGACUUGCUUGAAACAAUGGGACGACUAAGUGAAGCUGCUGAACUUCAUUAUUCUGAGGGUCGCAGAGAAGAAGCUAUUGAACUCUUUCUUCGCGAAGCAGAAAACGAAAAUGCUUUGCGUCGGGCUCAAGAAUGUAUCCUCGCAGAACUUUGGCAUAGGAUUUCUUUUGGCAUGGACUCUCGUACUAUAUGUUCAGAUCCUGCAGUGUCACGGCUGAUGCGGUUUGCUUCGCGGUUUGAUGCAGCUUUGAUGGGAAAAACUGAAGCCGCUGAACUGUUCAUGUUUACUGCCAUUAUACAGGGUGACGUAUCUCGACUGCGUGAGCUGGCAUUGGAAUUUCACAAGAUGGGCCAUGGUUCUGCGGCUUUGUUGUGCCUUGAUGAAUACUUUUCUCGGGCAUUUCAAAUUCAAAAUAUGGUCCUCAUUGAUGCCGUUGAAGAGCUCAGCCUGUUCCAUAUCUAUGUGAACUUGCUUUCUACUGCCGCAUAUCGGAUGGACCCAUGUGAAGAUGUGAUGACUGCCACAUUGUUCGGUUUCCAGCGGAUAUCGGAAAAUGAGUUUCUCGUACCCCAAAAUACGUGGCUGCACACGGCAACUCUUGAACUUCAGCUCAGGAGUGCGACCAGUGAUCCUGACUUCACUCUAUCAGUACCAGAACUGCGUGGCAUAUUUCAGCGCGUUCUGCGAGGUCGUCUCAAGCAGAGGACUGAUGCUGAAAAUAGUGAAUGUGGCAGAUGCAAGGCUUUCUUCCCUUGCCUAAUGUUUGCUGUGUCUGGGUUUUGUAGACGCCCGGACUGCCCGGAAGCUCAUGUAUCACCUUCUGUGAUAGAUGCUGACUACUAUAAUAUGCGCAUCCGCUUGCACCUGCAGCAAAUCUUGAUUUUGCAGUCACUCAGGGAGAAUGCUCAUCAAGAGGUAGAAGGCAAAGGUACCAAAUUCUGGCUCAACCGUCUGUACGAGGCUCUUUAUCCACCCCAUCAUGUCUUCGGUUCUAUCUCCGAUCUUUCUCUUUCUACAAUUCCUGAGGCUGCCAAAGCAAUGAACGUUGUCAAAGAUUGGGUGCGAACGCUUAUGUACGGGCGGGCGUUUUUGCCCUAUACGUCUUUUCUCACGGACGUGAUGCGGGCAACCACUUUGGCCUUCAUGUUUGACCGAAGUCAAGCGGGUUAUCUUAGAAAUGCAGCAUAUUUCAGCAUACACCCUCCACUUAUAUACAUUCGUCGAGGUGGUUCUCCCAUCCUGCCGGAGCUUCUGGGUGCGAUGUCGGGGACGCAUACAUGGUCCCUUGCUGCCGGUUUUGCAUUCGUCGAGCAUGUUAUCAAGCGACAAUUACCUAUUAACGUAGGCGUUCUAUGUGACCUCGUAGACUUUCUUUGCAGCUCUGUCAUACUUUGUGGUCGUCGCCCUGGAAUGACAGUGAUCCACGACGUAACAGUCCCUCGCAGCUGGCUUCUACGUUUCAUCAAGCAUGACUCGCUGUACUUAAACCCAGAGAUACAAACGAACACAUUUCACUUGCUUUUGACACCUAUGUGGGAUCUUUUAGAGCAGUUGUACGGCGGUAAUGGCUCUGAAUAUCUUUUGUAUGGAACUACCAGAAAUCUCUCAAAUGUGCCAGCAGUAAUUCGUGAUGUUUAUAUGACCAGAAUAUGCAAGGCCAUUGGGCUAUUGGGCUACAAUAUCCGUAGCGAUAUUUUAAGGAAUAACAUCCGGAAGUUGCUGUUGUCCCUGCGCCGUGAAGGACGCUUGUUACCUUCUUUCUAUAGUCGAUAUAUUGAUGCAGCAAGCUAUUCGUGGGACGAAUUUGCAAAGGUUAUACGCCGUUCGCUGCAGUAUGAUACCACGGAUGAGAUGAUUCAGCUUUUUCAUAAGAGCAAGGCUCCGGUGAAAGCUCAUGCCUUGCUAGGAGUACGUCAGGUUGUCUAUGACGAUUUGACGGAUAUCCAAGUACUCCUUGAUCCUACUUUGUUAGGAUCCAGUCAAACCUCUGAACCACUUAUAGAGGUUUCCACGCAGCAGGAAGAUGGCCAGGUGGAAGAGACAGAGCAUCUUCCACAUGUUGAGACCGCUCCCGAUGAAAGUGAAGACACUAUCGAUGCAACUGAUGGUACUGUUGGUGUCAUUCCGAUACAAGACAUGAAACGACCGGACCCUUCGGAGCAAGAAAUAACCGCCGCAACCCAGAUACAACGAGUGUAUAGGCGUGUACUUUCGCGUCGACGAGGCGUUGCCAAGGGUGGGAGGGCAGGCCUUCACGCGCAAUUAUACGCCUCAUGCACUAAAGAAGUAUCUCGGCUUGGCGAUACCCCUGGACUAUAUCUUCGAUUGUUUUUGGGUCCACUGCCCCACAUUUUGGUUUGUCUCGAGAUCGUUCGUGUCGAUUCGUUAAACCACAAAAAGAGGACAAAAGAGAGGCUCAAAGGGUGCAAUCCUGAUGAGAUGGAUGCACUUGAUACUUUGUUAACACAAACCAACACGGCGAGCAAGACAACAAUCAAACUACAGAAGGAUCUCGCCCCGAAUUCUGUGUUCCAUGAGCGUUGCGACGACAAGCAACUCGAAAAAUUGGUAGAAGAGGCUAGCAAACUGGUUUCUUCUCUACCAUUCGCCACUUCGUCGGAAUUAACGGAUGAUCUGUGCCUUGCUGUCAAAGGGAUCGUGACUAAAUGUCCAUCCACAGGUACAGGUAAAAAAUCUAUGAAGCCAACACUCAACAUUGAAGAUGAUUACGAUUACUAAUUGUUGUCCUAUUUAUCUACAGUCUGUGAUAUAUAAACUUUCUUUCAACCACAGACUGAAACAGUGAAACGGCGUCUAGAC